UCACAACAUCUACAGAGGUUAUGAAUACGAUACUCAGCUGCCGUACAUUGCCCCAGCGGGCUUUGCCACGCCAGCUUGCAUCUUUCCAAGCGACCCAAUGCCUGGGAUCCUGCAACAAUAUCAUGACAGCCGCCAGGAAGGUGUCUGGACGAAUCAGCAAAACUACCAGGCCUUCAUAGAACCCUCCCUUGGUCUCGAGGCAACUAGGAAUCCCCAGUGUCCUCCCGAGCCAGAACUGGUUUGCUUUGGCAUGAUCAAAGGUCUAUCUGCCAGAUGUCGGCCUUCGGUUAACUACUCUCUUUCCGAUAGCGUUAAGCUCUUGGAUGCUGAGAAAUUCAUUGGCUCUGACGACACUUCAAUAGAAGGGAAGGUCAGCCAUGAAUUCACCUACUUAACACAUGCUCUAUUCAUUCAGAGUGAGCUUGUGCUCGAAAUCAAUUGUUCAACUUUGGAUAGUCCUUCCAAGUCAGGACCGCAAAUCUCUGGAAAGCAUAUUCCAGGCUAUUCGACACAAUGUACUUUAGACGUUAUUAUUUAUGGACCUCCAGAUCUAUCCCAGGAUGUCGGCUCCUUCUUCGAAGAAUACGACCUCUAUCUACAAGAUCCGGUAAACUGUAAGCGAAAUGUGCGAUACCAUAACCCCCACAGGUUAUCGGUUCAUCCGAGUGAUGUCAAGCAUACAUUCGACUUGGGUAAUCCAACUGCACCACUGGCCAGUACGAUUGAUAUCAACGAUCAUUCGGAGCUACUUGACAUCAUAUUUUCGCACCAAGACCUUGCAGAGGCGGCGCAACCGAGAUCCAUCAGAACACCGUUGAAACCCCAUCAAAAGCAAGCCUUGACAUUUCUACUUCAAAGAGAGUAUGGCUGGGCAUGGGAUGGGUGUCGAACCGACAUAUGGGAAGUAAGGGAUAAUGGCCAUGAGUCAUAUUUCUACAACACAGUUUCGGGCGCCGUUCAAGUUGAGCAACCACCUCAGUUUUAUGGAGGAAUUGUCGCUGACCCAAUGGGUCUGGGUAAAACACUCAGCAUGAUCGCACUAGUAGCAUGCGAUGUCCGUGCGGAGGACAUUGAACCUUCUUCACUUCCUGGUGUAGAUGUUGAGGUCUCUUCAGGCAAAACUCUGAUCAUUGUUCCUGCGCCAUUGAUGGGUUCCUGGGAAGAACAACUUCAGAGACAUUGCUUUCCAAAUAGUCUACCAUGGCGUUGCCACCAUAACCAGUCUCGCUUACGAGUGGCUUCAGACCUAGAUCAAAUAGCAAUCGUCUUAACAACAUACCACACAGUAAUGACAGAAUGGAAGAAGGCCAAAGACACAGAUCAAUCCAUCAUUUUCAGAACAAAAUGGAAAAGGGUCAUCCUCGAUGAAGCUCACUACAUUCGAAAACAUCAACUCGCAACUCUCUCGCGCCAUAUGCAGUCUUGAUUCUGUGUCCAGGUGGGCUGGUAACAGGACACCC